AUGACAAUAUCUAGUAGCACAGAUGAUCUUUCUUCAAACGAAACAACCGAUGUUGAUAAUAAUGCAUCAUCAUCAUCAUUACCAAUUCUUACUCUUCAAACAGACACUUUAGAUCAUAAUAUUCAAUACGAACAACUUGAAAGACAAAUAGAAGAAUUAAACAAAGAAUUAAAUGAAAGUAAAUCUGCUGAAAAACGUGCUCAUGAUGAACGUGAUAAAUAUUCACAUAUGUAUAAUCGUUUAAAUGAACGUUUUCUUGCAUUUGAACAAAAACAAUUAGAUCAAAUGCGUCGAAUAUUAAAUAUUCUAACAUCAGAUCAAUAUAAAAUACUUUAUGAGCGUCACGAUGAUUAUCGACGUUCACAACGAGCUUUUACUAGUCCAUCAACAUCUAUCUUAUUACCAUCAUCAUUAAAUGAAACUUUAAAUGAUUCAGAUAGAACAAUUGAUUAUCAAAAAACUGAAUCCGAUUGGAAUACUUUACUUACACAAAUAUCUGAACUAAUGGAUUUUGCAGAAAAAUUUACUGCUAAGUAUGCUGAACAAGCUGAAGAAAAUAAUAAAUUACGUUUAUUAAAUAGUCAGAAACAAGAUGAAAAUGUUAAAUUACUGGUUGAUUUAUCAUUAUCUAAAGCAGAACAUGAAAAAGAACAUCAAUUGCGUAAUCAAUUUGAGAAACAAUUCAUUGAAGCUAAUCAAGUUAUUGAACAGGAUCAUUCAAAACGUUUACAAAAAUUAAGAAACUAUGCAUCAUUAGCUGAUGACGAAGGCGAUAUUUUGUUAUCAAGUUUAAUUAAAAAAGCUGAAAAAAAUGAUAUUGAUUUUCGUGAAAUGAAAUUAAACUAUGAAACUGUUUUUACUGAACAAGCGAAUCAUAUAAAAAAACUUGUUAAAGAACGUGAAUUAUUACAUUUAUAUAAUCAAAGACUUGAAGUUGAAAAUGCUUCACUUGCAGCAAGAACAAAUGAUGAUGAAACAAUUAGAUUAUUAACUUAUGCAUCACAAUCACCAACAUCAUAUGAAGAAGCUUGUAAUUUAAUUAGUCAAUUACGUGAACAAAUAAUUCAACAAAUUAAAAUUCGAGAUAAACUUAGACAUGAUAUUGAACAAUUACAGCAUAGUCAUAAUACUGAUAUACGUGAACGAGAACAAAUUGAACAAUUAUUUAAUAGAGAUUUAACUGCAGCUAAAGAUGAAAUUGUUAUUCUACAAAGUGUUCAAAGUGAAUAUGAACAUGUAUCAAGUGUAAAAAAAAAUCUUGAGAGACAAUUAGAAGAAUGUAUGAAUGAAUUAAUAAAAGCAAAAACAGUAGUUCAUUCAUUAACGAAUCAAGUUAAAGAAAAAAUUGAACAAAUUAGUUCUGAAAAGGAAAAACUUAAUGAAGACAAUGCUGGUUUACGUGUUCAAAUACAAAAGUUAAAAAUUGAUUUUGAAAAUAGUGAAUCUGUUCAACAUGAUUUUGUUAAACUUUCUCAAGCACUUCAAGUUCAAUUAGAAGAAAUUCGAAAUUCCGAAAAUGAAUUACGUUGGAAACCGGAAGAAGAUUUUUCUGAAUGUCAACGAUGUCAUGCACAAUUUUCAGUUACUUGGAGAAAACAUCAUUGUCGUCAUUGUGGUAAAGUUUUAUGUAAAGAAUGUAUUAACAAAAUUGUUUAUACUGGUCCAAAUAAUCGACCAUCUCGUGUAUGUGAUGUAUGUUAUACAUUAUUGGUCAAAAGUUCUCAACCAUUUUUCUUUAUUGGUGUACCCCAAGUUUAA